CAACUGCCGGUUCUCGGCAGUACUUUCCUCAUGAUCUGACAGCGUGAGGAAAGUGCAGCCGAGAAUCGGCACUUGCAUUUCCCUGUGAUCAGCAGAGAAAAUCUACACUGAUCAUCAGGGCACCGAUGAUCAGUGUAGCUCCAGCAGUGCCACCUGUCAGAGUCCGUCAAUGCCACCUGCCAGUGCCCAUCAGUGCCACAUCAAUGCCACCUAUCAGUGCCAGUCAGUGCCACUCCUCAGUGCCGCCUAACAGUGCUAGUCAGUGCCAACUAUCAGUGCCAUAUAUGAGUGCUGCCUUUCAGUGAUGCCUGUUAAUGCUGCCUUUCAGUGAUGCCUGUCAAUGCCCAUCAGUGCCACCUACCAGUGCCUCCUCAUCAGUGCCCAUCAGUG